UGUCUCAGCCUCGCUGCUCCUGCCAUUCCGGCCGCAUUGCCGGCGUUAUCCGCGCGGGGGGAAGGGAGGGGACGGACGGAGCGUGCGUGCGCGGGGAUCCCCGCAGGCCCAGCAGUUCCUCUCGCGCGGGGUGGGCGGCUGGGGUCAGCAGCAGUCGGGGGAGGCCCUAGACGGCGCCAUGUCGGCGGGCGGACCGUGCCCGGCAGGAGCCGGAGGGGGACCAGGGGGCGCCUCUUGCGCUGUGGGAGUCUCCCCCGGAGGGGUAUCCAUGUUCCGGUGGCUGGAGGUGCUGGAGAAAGAGUUCGACAAGGCGUUCGUGGAUGUGGAUCUGCUCCUGGGCGAGAUCGAUCCGGACCAGGCGGACAUCACUUACGAGGGGCGACAGAAGAUGACCAGCCUGAGCUCUUGCUUUGCACAGCUUUGCCACAAAGUCCAGACUGUGUCCCAAAUUAACCACAAGCUAGAGGCACAGUUGGUAGAUUUGAAAUCUGAACUGACAGAGACCCAAGCAGAGAAAGUCGUACUGGAGAAAGAAGUACACGAUCAGCUUUUGCAGUUGCAUUCGGUUCAGCUUCAGCUUCAUGCUAAAACCGGUCAAAGUGUAGACUCUGGUACUAUUAAAGCAAAACUGUCUGUCCCCUCUGUGGAGGAGCUGGAGAGAGAACUUGAAGCAAAUAAAAAAGAAAAAAUGAAAGAAGCUCAACUUGAAGCUGAAGUGAAGUUGCUAAGAAAAGAGAACGAAGCCCUUCGUAGACACAUAGCUGUUCUCCAGGCUGAAGUUUAUGGAGCAAGACUGGCUGCCAAGUACUUAGACAAAGAACUGGCAGGAAGGGUCCAACAAAUACAGUUAUUAGGACGAGAUAUGAAGGGACCUGCUCAUGAUAAGCUUUGGAACCAACUGGAAGCUGAAAUUCAUUUGCAUCGUCACAAAACCGUCAUCAGAGCCUGUAGAGGACGCAAUGACCUGAAACGACCCAUGCAGGCACCACCGGGCCACGAUCAAGACUCUUUAAAGAAAAGCCAAGGUGUUGGUCCAAUUAGAAAAGUUCUCCUCCUUAAGGAAGACUAUGAAGGCCUUGGCAUUUCAAUUACAGGUGGGAAAGAACACGGUGUUCCAAUCCUCAUUUCUGAGAUCCAGCCAGGGCAACCUGCUGAUAGGUGUGGAGGGUUACAUGUAGGAGAUGCUAUUUUGGCUGUUAAUGGAGUUAACUUAAGGGACACAAAGCAUAAAGAAGCUGUAACCAUUCUUUCCCAGCAGAGAGGAGAGAUUGAAUUUGAAGUUGUUUAUGUGGCUCCUGAAGUCGAUUCUGAUGAUGAAAAUGUAGAGUAUGAAGAUGAGAGUGGGCAUCGUUAUCGUUUAUACCUCGAUGAAUUAGAGGGAGGUAGUAGUUCUGGUGCCAGCUGCAAAGACACAAGUGGAGAAAUCAAAGUGUUACAAGGAUUUAAUAAGAAGGCGGCAGUAGCUGAUGGGCAUGAAAAUGGAGACCUGGGAACUUCGAGUGAAACGCCGCUUGAAGACAGUGCUUCCAAAUUAGAUGAUCUGCACAGUCUGUAUCAUAAAAAAUCUUAUUAAAUUGACUGUAUCCCCAGACAAGAUUGUAAAAUCAGACUAUUCUGAAUAUGGGGCACUAGGGAAGAUGAUGACAAAGACUAUCCAAGCUCAAGGGAGGCUGUUUUUUGCCUAAAUGAAAGGCGGGUACCUCAGGGCUUCAUGUGAACAAUUCUAGAUGCCUGACUUCCUGUUCCUGUGCUAUAUCAUAAUUGGCUAUUGCAUGUAAAGCAAUUUUGAUUUUCUAAAAAAAAAUUGUAAAGCACCAAAGCAUGUGUUUCCCAAAGGGAUACUGUGGAUUCCUAAGUACCAAAUGAAGCACUUCUGUUUUAUUUGGUUCCUUUCCUACUUAGAGUAGAAGGAUAGUGCUAACCAGUAUUUUAUAAGAAAUCACCUUUAAAUACAGGAGAAUAAAUGAAUUCGUGUUAUCUAUUCCAGAAUGUCAAGAGUGGUGUUUCAAAAGACAGAACUUGACUCGAUGAACUGCAGAAAUGUAGACUGGAUUUAAUUGUUUUUGUUUUUUUUUUAACUGAAAGAAGAGUUUUAGUUGUUUUAAAUUUAUUUUGCAACCUGAUAUCUAAAUCAGUUCUUAAUGAUCAUUUAUUGUGAUGAAUUUGCCAUUCAGCUUUAUGCAAUGCAGUACAAAAUAAUUUUCUUUAAGUGAUCCUUUAUUAAUCAGUGCUGCACUAGAAAUAGUUUCUGUAAAGUUACUGUACAUUAUACUUUUCUGAUUUUUAAAAGAAAUGCAGAUAAGUGUAUUAUGUCUGUUCCCAAUUAUGUUGCUCUCUGUGCAUGAUGUUGGAGCAUUAUGUUCUUACUGUAUAGUCUCAAAUACUCUUUUUCUGGGAUCUACAAAAGACAGUUUUAUACAUUUGAGUUGUUCAUAAAGUUUGUCUUGCUGUGCUAGUCCUGGCACUUAAAGAUACAUUUUUUUCUGGCAGUAAAAGCUCAAAUUUAUUACUAUGUCAAUGAAAUACAUUUAAACAGCAGUUUUCUCUCAAAGUCACUCAUUUGCCAGUCAUCUAAAAAGCUGAGACACUGGUGAGAAAGAUAAAGUGUGGAGACCUUUUAAUACACUAAUUGUUUUAGUUGGCUUUUUAUGUCUGUGUAUGUUUGACUAAAGUGCUUUUCAGAUACAAAAUAUGGAUCUGCUAGUUUUCUCAUCCCGGGAUUAGGCAUGGAGUACCUGCUCUUUUAUGUACUGUUCUUGCAGGCCACUGUACCUUGUUGGGGAAAGUGAAAAUACUAUAUUUAAAGAGGUGAUAGUUUUGCCAGUAUCACUGUUUUAAAGGAUAUACAUUUAAGGGACUAUUAAGUGGGGGAGCCUGCACGCCUCUUAGAGUGUUAUCAGUUCUUCACUUCUAAUAUUCAGAUGUUAUGUGAUAUAACACACAUUUUCUUGUCUUUCCUAGAUGCAAUAUAUAUUUGUUCAUAAGUAAAUCUAUAAAAUGUAUAUACUUUAUUUGGUGGUUUUGCUAUUUAUAAAUUUUCUGUUUUAACUAUUGCUCAUUUAUGGGUUUUUUUUUUUGGUGGUUUUAUUCAUCUCUGUAUCUCCAUGUUAAUUUGUAAUAGAAAUGCACUUCACAGUAUAUAUUGUUACUGAUAUUAAUAUACCUUGUAGGAUAAAGUUGCCUCUAAGCAAAAGCUAGUAUUUAAUUGCACAACUGAAUAAGCAAGCUACAUGUUAUUAUUUGGUCCUGAAAUGCUAGGCCUCUUAAAAGAAAACAAAUGUUUUUUCCUUAUGCAUUCCCCUUGCUCCAAACACAUACCCCCAUGCAUGACUUGAGAUCUGCAUGCUGGGUGUUAGUACAUUCAUUUAGUGAAAAGAAUUUACAUUGUAGCAAAUCUGACUGGAAACCCUGUAUUUUUAUUUUUUUAAACAGUCUGGAAUGGAACGACCGUGACUUUUUUUUUUUUUUCCCAGAGAUAUCUAUGACUGAAUUCUUAGGAAAUAUUAGCUAAAACCUUUUGAUUUUCAAGAACUAUCUAAUAAGUCUAUGAAGAAUUUUUUUAGAGCCUUCAAUUGGCAUAUCUACAAAAAUGCUUUAUAAUAUAAAGGACUGUGGAAGAUGGCUAUGAUAUAACUCCUUUCAAGGGCUCAUGAGCGGAACAAAAAAAUUUCCGGGUAGUUUAAAAUUAAAAAUUACAUGGGUCCAUUCUCUUUCCAUUCCUGCUUCACCUUGGUUCGCGCUGUUGUUGGGGGAUGGAUUACAGACUUUUUCCAAAGGACUGAAGGAGAAGCAGUUUUUUAUUUUCACAUGUGUAAGAAAGAAACACAUAAUACUCAACUUUCUAGGGCAAAACCAAACGAUAAGGAGAGAGCUGUUGCAGAAGCAUUACAGUCAGAAAGAAGGAAAGGACACAAAUGCACACUCACACAGAACGGUGGAGAAAACAGUUCAGUGGAGUGUGAGGUUCUGUGUCCACAGAUACAUUUUAACCUCUGAAUUCCACCGUAUCUGUUGUGAAUAUGACAGAAAAACAACAUUUCGGUUAUUAGACUUGUUAAAAUAGAUUUAAGAGAGAUGAAAAUGUGAGUCUUGGUAAUUAUAACUGAACAGUUGUUAAAAGUUACAGUUUGUCUUGGUGCUGGUUUUAUUUCCCCCACAGUGAACUUGUUUUGUCUUUAUGUUUAGUAACAAAAUGUAUUAAUUCAUACCUAAGUUGCACAUUAUUUGACAUCCUCAUUGUAAUAUUAAUUGACAUCCUGUUCCACCUAUCCAGUCUUCAGUUAGGCUCGGCCUCAGAUCUCUAUAGGAUUUAUGACAAAUGUAUUAUAUCUAGCUAAGUUGAGUUUAAUAUUUUUUUAUUAGCCUGUAA